AUGCAAAGAAUGAUGUCAGCGAUGUGUCCCGGAUCGUGUUCUGGGAGAGGCGGCUGUUACGCCUCGCCGACUGGCCCAGAGUGCCAAUGUCGCGAAGGAUUCGCCGGUAAAAUGUGUGAAAUUGUUGUCGAGAAGACCACAUCCGCCGUCGUCGCCGCCUCCGAAGACGCCAGUGACUUCUGGUCCAUUCUUCUCGUAUCGCUGCUCGUUCUCUUCUCCCUUCUCGGUUGCUGUGGGGCCAUUGUCUGGUACUUCCGUUCGAAAAAUGGAGACCGAAUCGGCGGGCUGGAUGAGAUUUCGAGCAAAGCGAAGACCGCACCGAAGAAAAUCAAGGAGUAUUUGGAGAACUUGGUCUAA